UUGAUCAACAUUGACGUGGACCUCAACAUAGAUGACGGGCCCACAGUUCUACAAGUGUUCGUAAUGCUGGCAAAAACCCACCAGGGCAAAAAUCGCGCUCAAACCAUUCCUGAACUCGCUGAUGAACUUGAUAUUCCUCACCUAUCUGACCUUCUCAGACGCUUCUUAUUUCAACAGACGCAUCCUGAUGAUCCCCGCGAUCCAUCCGAUAUCCCUCUUGCUGAAUGUCCCCUCUAUCUCAGCAAAAUUGCAGUCUUCAACUCGGCAUCAUCGCGAUUUUAUGCGCCGAGCGAUUUGAGUGGUAUUGGUGGCAUGCGCACUGAACACAUCCGCUCUUGUCCCUCCUGGCGAGGUGGGCAUUCAUGCAAUGACUGUGUCUUUGUCAACACAGACUCUAGUCUACCUGGCAUGCAAGGUCUCGAAGUCGCGCGCGUUCGCGCAUUUUUUUCAUUCCAGUACUGGGGCGAAGUGUAUCCCUGCGUUGUGGUUCGCUGGUUCGACAAAAUCGGCGAUGCUGCAGAUGAAGACACGGGAAUGUGGAUGGUUCGUCCAGGAGAGGGUGCAAACAAUACUGCUGAGUACGCGAUCAUUCAUAUUGACGCCAUUUAUCGUGCUGCCCAUCUUAUUCCCGUGUAUGGCACGGAAUUCCUGCCUCCAGAGCUCAAAUUUUAUCAUUCCUAUGAUGCAUUCCGCGCCUACUAUGUCAAUAAAUACGCUGACCAUCACGCCUUUGAGAUUGCAUUUUGAUCUAGCUACUUGUACACAAUUUGAAUUUAUAAUACUCUUUUCUCUCUUAAUAUGCAUUUUCUCUCCUUUGUGUGGCAAAACCAAUGGACCGCUCCUUUGCGCCUUUGAGAAAUUUCGGAAAGAUCGAGUUAUCACUCCUUGUAUUAAUU